AUGUCUAAGAGAACAGCAUCUGAUGAAGGACUAGAAAAUGUCCAAGACAGAAUUGUGCAUUCUAAGACAGAUGCCAGUGACUUGCCAGCAGCCAAUGCUGUAAAUGCCAAUGAAGAAGAUGUUGAGAUGGGGGAAUUUGAGGAUCCAUACGGCGACGAUUUUGAAAGUGAUGGUGAGAUCAUUGAAAUUGACGAUGCCGAAGAUGAGGAUGAGGAAGAGAUGGGCGAAGGAGCCGAUAAUGAAGAAUUCUUGGAGAAGAAACAGCAAAAGGCUCAAGAGCUUGUGGAAAAGGACCAAAAGAUUGAUGAAGAACAAGGUCAACAAAUAUGGUUACCACAUUUGUCCAAGCCUUUAGGUCCAGAUGAAGUUUUAGAAGCUGAUCCUACGGUCUACGAGAUGCUUCAUACAGUUAAUGUUCCAUGGCCAUGCAUGACUUUGGAUGUUAUCCCAGACUCACUAGGCUCUGGUCGUAGAAGUUAUCCUCAAUCUAUCCUCAUGGCAACUGCUACACAGGCCUCGAAAAAGAACCAAAACGAACUAAUGGUAUUGAAGAUGUCCCAAUUGACCAAAACCUUGGUUAAGGAAAACGAGGAUGAAGACGAAGAUGAAGAAGAAGAUGAUGACAUGGAUCCUAUCAUUGAGAAUGAAAACAUUCCUUUAAAGGAUACCACAAACAGAUUGAAGGUAUCUCCCUUCGCUAACGCUGCUCAAGAAGUUCUCUGUAGCACGAUGUCCGAAAAUGGUGAGGUCUAUAUCUAUGACUUGGCCCCACAAGUUAAAGCCUUUGACACCCCAGGCUAUCAAAUUCCAAAGAGUGCAAAGAGACCAAUUCACACCAUUAGAAACCAUGGUAGUGUCGAAGGUUACGCUAACGACUGGUCUCCAGUUAUCAAGACAGGGGCUCUCCUAUCGGGUGACUGUUCUGGUCAAGUAUUCUUGACUCAAAGACACACAUCUAAGUGGGUUACGGAUAAACAAGCUUUCACUGUUUCAAAUAAUAAAUCCAUUGAAGAUCUUCAAUGGUCCCGUACCGAAUCUACGGUGUUUGCUUCAUGCGGUAUUGACGGACACAUCAGAAUUUGGGAUACUCGUUCUAAGAAACAUAAGCCAGCUAUUUCAGUCAAGGCUUCGAACACAGAUGUCAACGUUAUAAGUUGGAGUGAAAAAAUCGGCUAUCUUCUUGCCAGUGGUGAUGAUGACGGUACUUGGGGUGUGUGGGAUUUAAGACAAUUCACUCCACAAAACGCCUCCACAGCAUCUCCUGUUGCGCAAUACCAAUUCCACAAAAGUGCAAUCACAUCUAUUAGUUUCAACCCUCUUGAUGAAUCUAUUAUUGCAGUUGCUUCUGAAGACAACACUGUGACUCUAUGGGACUUGUCUGUCGAAGCCGAUGAUGAAGAAAUUAAGCAGCAAGCAGCAGAAACUAAAGAACUACAACAAAUUCCUCCUCAAUUACUAUUUGUACACUGGCAAAAGGAAGUAAAGGAUGUUAAAUGGCAUAAACAAAUUCCUGGCUGUUUGGUAAGUACAGGUACUGACGGUUUGAACGUUUGGAAGACCAUCAGUGUGUAA